AUGAGAGUCUAUGUGAAGUCAGUGUCACUAUUUCAAUGGCUCUUUCUGUUGUACAUGUUAAUGGUCUGCUGUAAGCUGAUGUCUGCCUCAAGCUCGCACCCCUGGGGACAUGCAGGUUAGCACCAAAUCAAGCAGGGGACCUUUGAGGUGGUUGCUACACACAGGUGCUAUAACAAAACCCACAUAGAAGAGCAGUCACAAACAGUCAAGUGUUCUUGCUUCCCAGGAUAGGUUGCUGGUACAUCUUGGGCUCAGCCUUCUUGUGUUGAAGCUUCCAUCAUGAUUCAGAAAUGGUGGUGUCACAUGAAUCCUUGUUUGGAAGAAGAGGAUUGUAAAGUGCUGCCAGAUAACUCAGGUUGGUCCUGUAGCAGUGGCAAUAAAGUCAAAACUACAAAGGAGGAAGUGGAAUCUGCUCCCUCCUACCUUGAUGCCAUCUUCAGUCCCAGUUAUGACCUUUUUGAGGAAACCUGGUUCAUUGGUAGCAAUUUGAAUAAAGGCAUUAGCAACUGCAGUACGAUUAUCUUUGCUCUGGCAGCAGAAGCCACAGAGUGA